UUUCCUACACUCUUUUCCUCAGUAAUCGCAUUCGAGGUGACCUAUCUUCUUCCAGCUCAACAGCAAGUCACCAUGCCGUGCCGGGGCCAUGUCACGACGGCCAUGGAGCUCCUGCAGGACAGCAUCCCCAUGGUGUCCCUCGCCGUCGCGGCCGCCGCGCUGUACGCGCGGGCGUCGUCGUCGCUCCUCCGCCCUGGACUCACGCGCCUCAUCGCCCUCCUCCCCCUGUUCCCGCUCCUCGUCGCCGCGCCCCUGGCCUUCCCCUCCUCCGCCAUCGUCCGGGGCCUCGCCGCCUUCUUCCUGGCCUGGCUCUGCACCUUCAAGCUCGCCCUCCUCGCCGUCGGCCGCGACCCGCUCGACCCCGCCCUUCCCGUGCUGCCGUUCCUCUUCACCGCCUUGCUCCCCGUCAAGCUCGCCGCCAGAGCUUCCAAAGCCAAGCCGGUGUCCCUCGUUUCUUGCGCGCUGAAGGUGGCCGUCAUAGCCGCCGUGGUCCGGCUGUACCAGUUCAACGACCGCCUGCACCUGUACGCGCGCCUAGCCCUGUACGGCGUCCACACGUACUGCUUCCUGGACCUCCUCCUCCCCUGCAUCGCGGCUGCCGCCGCCGCGCUCGGCAUGGAGGCGGAGCCGCAGUUCAACCGGCCGUACCUGGCGUCGUCGCUACGGGACUUCUGGGGCCGCCGGUGGAACCUCAUGGUUUCUGCCAUCCUCCGGCCGUCCGUGUACGAUCCCGUCCGCGCGCUGGCUGGGAUCCCUGCCGCUGUCCUAGCUACCUUCGCCGUGUCCGCGCUGAUGCACGAGGCCAUGGUUUACUACCUCAGCCUUCAGUGCCGGUCCGACGGCAUGAUGGCUGCCUUCUUCCUGCUCCACGGCGUUUGCUGCGUCGUCGAGGGGUGGUGCUCCCGGCGGUGGCCGGCGCCACCGCGGGCCGUGGCUACGGUGCUGGUUGGGCUCUUCGUCACGGCGACGUCCUUCUGGCUCUUCUUCCCUGCGCUUUGCAAGGACGGAGUUGAGGAGAAGCUGCUGCAGGAGUGGGCUGCGGUGGCCGCCUUCUUCCAGGACGCCGGCGGGAAGAUACUAUGGUCCAUGGUACGCUCAACUUAGUACUGAGCAUACUUGGAACAUUUGAUUUCAUGUGACACAUAUUAAGUUCAAAUUCUGGACGUUUUACCUCAAAAGAAAAAGUUCAAAUUCAGAAGUUGAACAACUUAUCAGUGGCGCGAAAAAGUUCAAAUUCAGGGACACAGAACACAACAGAGUGAAAAUGAACAUUAAAUAGCUUGAGCUAUAAUCUCAGCAACUCUAAAGAACAUAAUAGCCUCCAGCAAGUUUUGGAGGAAACGCACAUAUGGAAUUCUGAAAACGGUGAAGACGGCGUUUUAAUUAGGGAAAACAUAAUUACACUCAAAUAUUUAGACUGAACAAGUCAGAAAGGACAAACAACCAAUCACUAUCCUCCUAAUGACAUCACAAUAUUGGAUUUGUUUCUGUCUUUUGUUGAAUCUCUUUCAUGGCUCGAUAGAGAAUUUGGUAAGCCAAUAA